CGAAGCGUAAACAGCGCAGAGCAUUUCGGGAGCGGGAUUGUUUCACUCAGGAAGCAGGCUCCAUUUUAGCGCCGCCCGCCGUCGCCAUCUGUUUCCCUUCCUUGCCCUUUUCCUCCUCCCGCCCCUAAGCCCUAUCGGGAAGGCUGGGUCUAGGCCGCAGGAGCCUGGAGUGAGAAGAGAGAAGGGGAAAAGGGAGAAAGGGAAGAAGGGGGGAGAAAAAGGGUGAGUUGAGAAGGGUGAGUGGCAGAGACCAAGGUGCGAAGCGCGCGGCCCGGCGGACGGACUGACGGACGGGCCCGUGCUACUGCUGCCGCGGCUGCGGCGCCCGCGCGAGUCGCGUCGAAGCGGCGGCUGCGGUAGCAGCAGCGGAAACAGGAGGGGAGCAAUGGCGGCCGACAGCCGGGAGGAGAAAGAUGGAGAGCUUAAUGUUCUCGAUGAUAUUUUGACUGAAGUACCAGAACAGGAUGAUGAACUGUAUAACCCAGAAAGUGAACAAGAUAAAAACGAGAAAAAGGGAUCAAAAAGAAAAAGUGACCGAAUGGAAUCUACUGACACCAAACGACAGAAGCCUUCUGUUCAUUCAAGACAGUUGAUUUCAAAGCCACUGAGCUCAUCUGUUAGCAAUAACAAAAGAGUAGUUAGUACAAAAGGAAAGUCGGUCACAGAGUAUAAAAAUGAGGAAUAUCAAAGAUCUGAAAGAAACAAGCGUCUAGAUGCUGAUCGGAAGAUCCGUUUGUCAAGCAGUGCCUCCAGAGAACCUUACAAGAGUCAACCUGAAAAGACUUGUCUCCGGAAAAGGGAUCCUGAAAGGAGGGCCAAAUCCCCAACACCAGAUGAUUCUGAGAGAAUUGGGCUUGAUGUGGAUAGACGCGCAAGCAGAUCUAGCCAAUCUUCUAAGGAAGAAGUGAACUCUGAAGAAUAUGGUUCCGACCGUGAGACUGGCAGCAGUGGUUCUUCUGAUGAGCAAGGUAACAACACGGAGAAUGAGGAGGAAGGAGUGGAAGAAGAUGUGGAGGAAGAUGAAGAGGUAGAAGAAGAUGCAGAGGAAGAUGAAGAGGUGGAUGAAGAUGGAGAGGAGGAGGAGGAAGAGGAGGAGGAGGAAGAAGAAGAAGAAGAAUAUGAACAGGAUGAGAGAGACCAGAAGGAGGAGGGAAAUGAUUAUGACACUCGAAGUGAGGCUAGCGACUCGGAUUCUGAAUCUGUAUCCUUCACAGAUGGAUCUGUCAGAUCUGGUUCAGGCACAGAUGGAUCAGAUGAGAAAAAGAAGGAAAGGAAGAGAGCUAGAGGCAUAUCUCCAAUUGUUUUUGAUAGAAGUGGAAGCUCUGCAUCAGAGUCAUAUGCAGGUUCAGAAAAGAAGCAUGAGAAAUUAUCAUCUUCCGUUCGUGCUGUCCGAAAAGAUCAAACCAGUAAACUCAAAUAUGUCCUUCAGGAUGCAAGAUUUUUCCUCAUAAAGAGUAACAACCAUGAGAAUGUGUCUCUUGCCAAAGCUAAGGGUGUAUGGUCCACGCUACCUGUAAAUGAGAAGAAAUUAAACGCUGCAUUCAGAUCUGCAAGGAGUGUUAUCUUAAUAUUUUCUGUAAGAGAGAGUGGAAAAUUUCAGGGGUUUGCAAGACUUUCUUCAGAAUCACAUCAUGGAGGAUCUCCUAUACACUGGGUGCUUCCAGCAGGAAUGAAUGCUAAAAUGCUGGGAGGAGUCUUUAAAAUUGACUGGAUUUGCAGGCGUGAAUUACCCUUCACUAAGUCGGCUCAUCUCACCAAUCCUUGGAAUGAACAUAAGCCAGUAAAGAUCGGACGUGAUGGACAGGAAAUUGAACUUGAAUGUGGAACCCAGCUUUGUCUUCUAUUUCCCCCGGAUGAAAGUAUUGACUUGUAUCAGGUCAUUCAUAAAAUGCGUCACAAGAGAAGAAUGCAUUCUCAGCCCCGAUCAAGAGGACGUCCAUCCCGUCGAGAACCAGUCCGGGAUGUGGGAAGGCGUCGACCAGAAGAUUAUGAUAUUCAUAACAGCAGAAAGAAACCAAGGAUUGACUAUCCCCCUGAGUUUCACCAGAGACCAGGGUAUUUAAAGGAUCCACGAUACCAGGAAGUAGACAGUUUCACAAAUCUUAUUCCCAACAGACGAUUUUCAGGAGUUCGCCGAGAUGUGUUUUUAAAUGGGUCCUACAAUGAUUAUGUGAGGGAAUUUCAUAACAUGGGACCACCACCACCUUGGCAAGGAAUGCCCCCUUAUCCAGGAAUGGAACAACCUCCACAUCAUCCGUACUAUCAGCAUCAUGCUCCACCUCCUCAAGCCCAUCCCCCUUACUCAGGACAUCAUCCAGUACCACAUGAAGCAAGAUACAGAGAUAAACGAGUACAUGAUUAUGACAUGAGGGUGGAUGAUUUUCUUCGUCGCACCCAAGCGGUUGUCAGUGGCCGGAGAAGUAGACCCCGUGAAAGAGAUCGGGAACGAGAGCGAGACCGCCCCAGAGAUAACAGAAGAGACAGAGAGCGAGAUAGAGGCCGAGACAGAGAGAGAGAAAGAGAGCGAUUAUGUGAUCGGGACAGAGACCGAGGGGAGAGAGGUCGAUAUCGAAGAUAAUGCGCUUUUGAAAGCACUGAUUGUUUAAAGAUAAAAAAAAAAAAUCUUUUUUUUUUCCCUUGGUGUGUGUUUACAAGUAGUAAAUUUAUUUUCAGCUAUCUACUUAAAGUUCAUUGUGUAGAAGGAUUUAUUAUGACCCUCUUUGUUCCAAGCAUGCGGUAUACUAAGAACUGGAAAAACUCAAAUCCGCCAAAAAUGCGCAGUUGACAAUUGAGUUGACACUUACUGGGGCAGAAUGGAACAGUCCAAGAAUGUAGAUAUUGAUUCAUUCUUCCUAUGUUCAUCUACUUACAGUGUGUUCAUCCUAGGGUUAUUCUUUGUUUUCUUUCUUUUGGAUCUUGAUUGAUAACUGCCAUGACAUUUUGCUUUGAUGUGUUUCUACAUGUAGUUGCACACGGUUCAGUAAAAUAAUGCUGCUAUCAAGUAUGCAAAUAUUGAAGUAUGAUGGUUCGACUGGCAGUGUUGUAGCAGCCUCUUGGUUUCUCCCUUCCUUCUCCCUUUUUUUAAACUUAACAACAUCACUUUUUAUUUUUCUUCAGUCUUCAAUGAUGAGAGCAAUAUGAAGAAGACAUUGCUAUCUAAUUUUAAACCUUUUUGAAAAAUAAACAAUUCUUAUGUUCAGUAGCAUGGUUGAUGCUUUUGUUUAGCCUUCCCCUCCAAACUGUAUACAUUGGCUUGGAAUGUUCACAACUUGAGUGUGUGGCAGCGGAAGAUUCCCAUAUUCUACAUUGCUACUGUUUUGUAUAAAAUAAAUUGGUAAAGAUAGAUACUUUUUUGUUGUAUUUUUUUUUUUUGGUCUGGUUGCAGAUUUGUUUAUUAGGUGUUAGUAGGCAUAAAUGAAUGUUAAUCAUUUUAAGAAUCCCAUUUGCCUUUUUUCCUAAAGCAACCUAAGCCAAUGAUAUUAAAAGCUUAUUGCUAUUUUUAUUAUAAGAACUGAUGAUAUACAAUUGAAUUACUGUAUUUUUACGCAAAUAACGUACAUCUUCUACAUUUAUUUUCCAAACGCUCCUUCCCCCAGCAAGAUAUUUUUGUAAGUGUGCUAUGCUAAUUUUUUUACAGCAACAUACUAAAAAAAAAAUUGGCAUAGUGGCGCUAAUGAAAAUACCUAGCAGGGGGAGGGAGCAGUAAUAGACUUAAAAAACCAACCCUUUUGUAGUCAGUUUUCUAUUUUAAAGUUAACUGUCAGUUCCUCCCAAUAAUAACAAACUGCAACAUAGAAGUAGAGUCACCCAGGAAAACAGAGUUCAUGAAAGAGCUUUUUAUUUUUCAUUUUCUUGAGUUGUAUCUGAAAUAUUGGCCUUUAUAAAGUUGAAUAUGUAAACAUUUGGGAGAAUCUGAAUGACCACCUGUUCUUACAAUGUAUGUUUUUAUACGGUGUCAUAUUUACAGUUUUACUGAGCACCAAAUCUUGAGUCAUAGUUUUACAUUUAAUCUGUAUUUAUAGGACUGGAUGAGAAACACAGGAACAUCACUCUUGAAAGAUAUUUAAACUGUAAUUUGACUGGCUUCAUACUUUUACCAGUUUUUAGAAAAGUUUUUCCAUGUAUUCCCAAUGAAUAGUUUUAUUUUACUUAUUUUAGAAAAAAGUCCUAAGGAUCUAUGCAGUCUGGUAUAGAGGAGAGAACAUUAAACAGAAUGUUAAAAAACCUGGAUUCUAGUUUCAGUAUUGCCUUUAAUCAAACUAAAAACAGUUGAUGAUACAAGUAAGUCUCUUCACGGGCAUUUUGUUUGUGUAUAUGAGUAAGUUAGCCAAGUUAAUAUCUAAGGUUCUUUUCAAGUUCUUAAACUGAAGUAUAUCUAAGAUUUACAGAGAAUCACUAAAAAUGUUAUUUUUAAGAAAUGACCAGUUACAUAAAACUUAGUAGGUAAUACUAAAGUUGUUUUCCUGAAAUAAUAGUAAAGUUAUAAAUUACAUUGUGCACUUGGUACAUAACAAAGACUUUUGCACUUCCAUGUAUUAACCUCUUUCAUCCUCACAUAACAUCCUAAUUAUCCCUGUUUUUUAUAGAUGGGGAAUGAGGUCCAUAAAGGCUAGAAACUUGCCCAAGAUUGCAAAGGUUGAAAUUGGUAACAGCCAAGAUUCGAGCCAGGAUGUCUUAACAGCUCCACUUAACCCACUGUACUAUACACAGCAUCUUGUUCAUUGAGUUCAGUUGUCCCUCAUCCUCAAGGAUUGGUUCUGGGAGCCCUGGGGAGACCAAAAUCCAUGAAUGUUCAAGUUGCUUAUAUAAAAUUGAAUAGUAUUUGCGUAUAACUGACACACAUCCUCUGGUAUACUUUAAAUCAUCUGUAGAUUAUUUAUACCUAAUACAGUGUAAAUGCUAUGUGAAGUGGAAGACUUGAUCUGGAAGGUAGCCUUUCUCUUCUCUGAGUUUCUUGAGCUCUUCUGGGAGCGCUGAUGCUGCCUGCGCAUCAGUCAAUGCCGAUUCUCCCGUGAUCUUGGAAGUUCUUCAGGCUGUAGAGCUUUAGGUAGCUAGCCAGCCAUCCCUUACAAGCUUUCAACUCCUUCCUCUCACUGUCCUCUACCCUUUCACACUUAGCCUUUGAGAGAUUGAUUUGACUGCUUAAUUGUUUUUUAGGAGCCACUUCUUCACAGAAACAAAGGGUGUAUGCAACACAAAUAGUGAAUGAACAAUGGUGCACACAACACAAAUAGCAAACGAACAAGACACAAGGCAAACAGUGUUCAGUGAGUGCUGGAGAGAGAAUGAGGAUCUGUGAAAUGGCGGGAGGCUAUAGCAGGGAAUGUCUACACAUCACUACAUUCACCUAGUGCUUGAUGUGCAGUGUAUUUUUUUGCUUUUUGCAAGCUUCUUCCUGAAUAUGAUCCAGGUUUGGUUCAAUCUGUGGAUGUGGAACCCACUGAUACGGAGGGCUGUAGAAUUAAUAAGGUGUCUCAAGACUAAUCAGGAAGCAUUUGAGAGAACUGAGAUACAAUCAUCGUUUUCCAUAAUUGUGAAAGUACCAUGUUGUGAGCUUUAGUGUCUAUCCUAGAAUUGCAAAUGAAAAUACCAAUUUCAUUUAAUAACAUGUUUUUAUUCAAUUUAUUUUUUCCUAAGGAGCCACUUUAUCUUUUUUUGGGAAGAAAAAAUAUAGAUCAGUGUUUAAAAUGGUGCUGAAUUUUACUGGGAGUUUUAAACAUUCACAUAUCCUUCAAGAUAUCCUCAUUAAGCAGAGGGUUUUCCUAAGGUGUCCAAUUACUUAAAUGUCACUUACGCUUUGUAUUCUGUGUAUUAAGGCAUGUCACUUAAGCUUUGUAUUCUGUGUAUUAAGGAGCUAAGUAUGCAGUUAAUCUUAAAAAAAACUUAGCCUUUAUUGAGUCUUUACAAAGUGUCAGGCCUUAUUCUAAGUACUGGUGGUGGUCAUUUAAUCCUCACUUUAACUUGUUUCCCUGCUUCCAUUUUUUUAAAUGAAAAAACUGACAGGAAGAUGAUGUAUAAGAUUGAAAGUUUUUUUUUUUUCUGCACACCAGAGUCAAAAUAAUAUUGAUACAUA